CCUUAAUGAAGGUUUGAGGAAGUUUUUUCGGUGAUUGGAAAAGAGGAAAAGACAUGGACUUUUGUCUACAAGUCUACUUCAUUUUGGCAUCUUUUUUUACCAGCACAUCUUUAUGCAGGAGAGAAAAAAACCUUUAAAAACUUAACACCGCCUGGAUGUUUAGAUGAAGGCAAUAACUUCACAAGGUCCCUGACUAAUGAGGCUGUAAAAUGACUGCUCUAAGACUGCCGGGCUAAGCAGCCUGACCUCCCUCAUCUGUGUCCAGUGCUGUGGCUCCCUCUGCUGAGCAACUAAGGAAGGCCAGGAGUAGCAGGCAGUAUGGGCAACACACUGGAGGAAGGGAUGAAUACUGUCAUCGUCAGACACUACAACCACUCAGGGAAGUGGGAUCGACCUCGCAGCAGCGAGGCCUGUAAGAUGGCCGUGCUGCUCUUCAUCUGCGUGCUAAUCGUCCUGGAGAACGUCACAGUCCUGCUCGCUCUCUGGAGGAACAAGCGCUUCCACAGCCGCAUGUACUUCCUCAUUGGUAACCUGGCGCUGUCAGACCUUCUGGCUGGUGUGGCCUAUGCGGUGAACAUCUUUACCUCGGGAAAGAACACCUACUUCCUUACGCCGGUGCAGUGGCUGGCCAGAGAAGGGAGCAUGUUUGUGGCCCUCAGCGCCUCAACCUUCAGCCUCCUGGCCAUCGGGAUUGAGAGGCACAUGACUAUGGUGCGAUUGCGUCCCUGUGAGACGGCAGGUCGAGGGAGGCUCCUAGGACUGUUGGCAGCCUGCUGGCUUGUGUCAGUGCUGCUCAGCGCUCUGCCCAGCCUGGGGUGGAACUGCCUGAACAAUCUGGCCUCCUGCUCCACGGUGCUGCCGCUCUACGCAAAGAGUUACGUGGCCUUCUGCAUCAGUGUCUUCAGUGCUCUGUUGGUGGCCAUCAUCAUCCUCUACAUCAGGAUCUACCGCCUGGUGACCUCAAGCGGUCGCAGGGUGAGCAGUCGGCCUUCAGAGCGCUCACUGGCCCUGCUACGGACAGUGGUUAUCGUUCUUGGAGUGUUUGUCAUGUGCUGGGCACCGCUCUUCCUCCUGCUGCUGCUGGAUGUGGGUUGCAGCCCAUAUAAGUGCCCUGUGCUCUACCAGGUGGACUGGUUCAUCGCUCUGGCUGUGCUCAACUCUGCCCUCAAUCCUCUAAUAUACACUCUGUCCAGCAGGGAGAUGAGAGCUGCCUUCUUCCGGCUGCUGUGCUGCUGUCAGACCAGUUUGGAGUCCACUGGCUCUCCUGUUGUGGGCAACCUCCAUCUGGGCACGGUCAUCCCCACAGCAGAGAACAGCAAGACCAGUCUGGGUGGAGGAGGGGGCAGUGGUACUGGCAAGUCCACACUGAAUCGAGAAAAGGUUCCCGCACCUAUGAACUCCGACAACAAGAACGGAGACCCCUCUGCCACUGCUGUGCAGCACCACUCUGGGCCUACAGACCUGCUCUCAGCCGUGUUGAAGGCCGGGGUGCGGUCGCCCCUCAGCAAGUUCUAAGUGGAAGCACUUUAAUGAAGCCUUUACGACAAAUUGAUGUAGACAUAGAACUGACACGAUCCUGCGAUCAGCCACUUUUUGUUUAUGCACUAUGACCAGUGUAGCAUGGAUGUGAAUAGCAUAAAUAUUACAUUUGGAUCAGGUUUUAGAUUAGGGUACAAUCCAAAUCGUUAUUUAGCCACUAUUUACAACAAUUCCACAUUAUUGCUCACAUUACCAGAUUGACUGAAACCCUAGAGUGAUCAAAUUUAACAUUUCAAAACUAUGAAAAAUAAUAGGACAGUUUCCUGGACCUGGGAAUAAACUAAGCCCCAAAUUAAAUGCUGUGAUAUUUUAACAAUAUUUGUAGGCGUUGUCUGGCCUGGCCUGUAGCCAAAGGUUUCUUUUUCUUUAUCCCUGAAUAAUUCUCCACUUCCAGCCUUUUAUCUUUAUGUAAAUAAACAUGUCAAUGUUAUACUUACAUGUAUAAUGAAGAGGCAAGACCAAUCAAAGAGGGUUCACAGGAUAAUACUCAAGUCUCUAUUGACUGACAGGUCUCUGUCAAUAAUAUAAUUGAUGGGAUUACUUUGCCAAAUGCUCGCUCACACAGUCAGUUUGGGUAAAUAAUGGAUAUACAUAGAUUCUUUUGCCAGGUAAAGGGGAUGAAAAUGCAGCACAAACAUCCAUUGAUGCUGAGCCAUAAAAACAAGAUAGUUAAAUAUCUGUAUGAGUUGAAAGUUACAUAAACAUGAUAUGAGCAGAGCAUAUGCAAUACACAGCUAACUUUGCAUUGCACUGCAGACAGUUUAUAUCUGUAGCAGUGAUCCCUCUAGUCAUUCAAGCCUGAUAUUGUAUUAGAUAGCCAAAUCUAUUUAGAUUUUUUCACUCAUGAGAGAUUUAUAAACUACAAAAAUUUAAACUGCAAAAUAAACACAGAAUCUACCUGAAUUAGAUGUGUCACUCUCACAUUUUGGUUAUAAAAAAAUGUGGUAAACUGGAAUAAAGAGUCAAACUCACAUUAUCUGUGUACAGUAGAACAGGUUAGUGUUUGACUUAAUCACUCCCCUCGAUAGGAUUACAUAGAUAUGAUUGUUGAGAGUGAGGUAUGUCACGUGGUGUAUGUCACAUGAUUGAAGCUCCAUUAGUGAGGGCUACUGCGGACUGAUGCCUUUCAACAUUGAAAAGUAACAACAAUAAUAAUAAUAAUAAUAAAUUAAAUCAAUAACCAAUAAAAAAACAAGUUUUACAUUUUAGUGUAGCUCUCUAACGCACAGAAACAGGAGUAUUUACGUUUUUUGAAGUGUUUUGGAGACAAACCUGGGCUCACCUCCUGAGGUUUAACAGUCCAGUCAACGCCCCUAUUAAUAUCAGUAACAGUAUACUUAUAUGCAUCAGUGUUGCUUCUGUCAAUGUCUUUCUUUUUUUCAUUAUAUGCAGGGCACUAUGUUUUUUUUGUGCUAUGUGCAGAUUCUUGUUAAACAGCAGCAUUUUCAAUCACAGUUUGAAUUGGCAAACUAUUUAUUUUCUAUGAAAACAUUUGGCAUCUUGAUACUUUAAACCAUUUGGUAGAAUAUUUUUUUGCUUUGUGUGCAUAAAAACCCUCAUGGUACUUGGACUUACUUCAUAUGAGUUUUGUUAUGAUUUGAGAUGCACUGUAAGAUUCUGUCAGACCAGCGGCCUCUUGAGGCUAUGAUGCUCAUCACACACCAGAACACUAAACCUGUCACAUGGAUGUUAUUACUAGAUUCUUACCACUUGUGGGUGAGGACAUCAAAUUUGCCCUGAAGGUGGCGCUACAGGAAAAGCAAUGUUUUAACAUGAAGUCGGAAGAGAUUCUGGUUUUAUUAUAACCACCAGUUUUGGACAAUUCAGGCUGCAGCUGUCAGUUGGUUCAUCUCUCAUCUGUUUCAGCGAUAAUAACCACACUGAAGACAUCUCUCACUUCUCAUCAGCACGUGUAGAAACCACUUGCAUCAACUAACCACUAGUGACUGAAAUGAGAUGUGAAUAAUUUAAUGGUGGACUGUAAAUGACAAUUCUGCCUUGGGUGAUGUAGUGCCUUAUACGUUUAUAUAGCAAAAUA